AUGUCGGACAUUGUAUUCAAAUGGCCGGAACGCUUGGCAAUAGAAUUCUAUCUCGCAAUUUUCAUCACUGCCAGCACAUUUGCUUACUUUCUCUGCAUAAGGAACCCCUUCUCCUUAUCGGCAUCGUUUCCUUCUAAACAGAAGCGAGGGUUGAAAGACUAUCAAGAGGUUUACAACGAGAUUGCGAGGAGACUGGAGGAAAAUCUUGACUACGACGAUGGCUCCUACGGCCCUAUUUUGGUUCGAUUAGCCUGGCACGCAAGCGGAACAUAUGACGCGAGAACGCAUAGUGGAGGUAGCAAUGGUGCUACUAUGCGAUUCCACCCAGAGUGCAGCCAUGGGGCUAACAGUGGUCUAAUGAUUGCCCAGGAUUUUCUUGAGGACGUCAAAGUGAAAUUCCCAUGGAUCACUUACGCCGACUUGUGGAUCCUCGGCGGCAUCGCUGCUAUCCAAGAGAUGAAGGGACCCAUCAUCCCAUGGCGGCCGGGUCGUUUAGAUAAAGAUGCGAGCCACUGUCCUCCUGACGGACGGCUUCCUGAUGCAACUAGAGGAUCUAACCACUUACGAGAUGUUUUCUAUCGCAUGGGAUUCAACGACCAAGAGAUUGUGGCACUCUGCGGCGCUCAUAGUCUUGGCCGGUGUCAUGCAGAUAGAUUGGGGUUUGAGGGUGCAUGGACAUACUCUCCCACGAAAUUCACCAAUCAAUACUAUGAUAUGCUCUUGGGAGAUCAAUGGGUCCAGCGGAAGUGGGAUGGGCCUCGCCAAUUUCAAGGUUCAAUGAGCCAGACCCUCAUGAUGCUUCCAAGUGACUUGGCCCUCAUUGAGGACAAGGCGAUGAGGACAUGGGUUGAGAAAUAUGCUCAGGACACGGAACUCUUUUUCAGCCAUUUCCGCGAAGCAGUUACGAAGCUAUUUGAAUUCGGUGUACCGUUUGCCGAGGGCAUUGAGAGGUGGAGCUUUCAACCUCUCCGGCAGUCAGCUUAA